AUGGCUGAUCAAGACGUUUCACUGAAUGAGCAAUUCCGCAAACGUAUUGCUGGCUAUAUGAAAGUCAUUCUCAUUUUUAUCGAUUGGAGCUCUGGUCGUUGCAAUUAUGAUGACAGUAAACUUUCCCUCCAUAGCAGCAUACUAUCACGUGUUUCCGUUGGCCGGUGCUUCAGUGUAGUAAAUGAAGCAACAGACCAAAUUACAUACAAAACACUGACAAUCUUCGCUUCAGCCGCUGUUGUAUAUGUGUUCAUUUCGGAAGAAAGAAAAGAGCAUUUCAUCAGUAAUGUAAACCUAUACCUCGUAGGAACAACUGCAGGCGAGAUACCGAUGGCUAUCGCAUUUGCUGUAAAUUUGCAUUAUAUUUCUACUUCUUAUUUGGACAAUACACUGGCUGUAGUGUACGCUGGCAUUUAUGCCCCUAUAUCAUCUUGUAUAGUUGGAACUUCGAUAUGGAUGCAAAGAGUUAAAGCUGUCAAAUGGCUCAUGCUGACUAGUUCGGUCAGGAAUACUGCUUCUGCAACUGCCGAUCGAUUCCCGCCAGGAUAUGGGUUUAGUACUUCUUCGCCUUCUGUCUAA